AUGGAUACUAGUUGGUAUUGGAGAAAACUCUGCAGCUUACGAACAACCUUCAACAAAGAUGAUGUUGUGGCAGCGGGUGGAGAAAAGUUCAAAACCAGCAGAUUUUAUUGCAGCUUGCUGAAUCAGACGUUAUUUCCUGCAGCAGGGGCUAUUUGCCAUGGUUUGAGCAUGCCUAAACACACCUUCCAACUUUGGCAAGCAACCCAAGACAAGUUGUUAACAAGGGAUCAUCUUAGCAAGCUGAACAUUCCUAUGUCUAAUCUGAAUUGUGUGGUUUGUGAUAUUGAUCUUGAGAGUCAUAGCCACUUGUUCUUCAAGUGCAGACUUUCUUUGCUGGUUUUGUACAGGAUUUUUCAAUGGCUGGGCAUGGUUGGUUGGUCUGAGGACUAUGAUAGUUGGAGAGUUUGGUUGGGCUACCCUAAGCCGACUGUGGUGGACAGGAUUUUGGUCCUCAUGAUUGCGGCUGUGAUCUACCAUCUGUGGUGGAAUCGAAACACUUGUUUAGUCUCUUCUUUUUCUAAUUCUGUAAAUUGCAUUGUAAAUAAAAUUAAAAGUGAAGUGAAGUAUAGACUCUUAUUGAUUAAAGAUAGAAAAUGCUCUAGGAAGAAAAAGGACUUGAUUCAUAGAUUGAUUUGUAAUUUGGUGAAGUGGAGGUGGUUGCUUCUCUUGUGGAAGUGA